AUGCUUCCACAUCUUAAACCAUAUCUCCUACUCGCCAUUACCCUCACACUCACAGCUUCAACCACCCUGUGUCUCACUCUCCACACCAACACCACCCCCCAAACCAGCGCGAUCCAGAAAAUCGCCAGCCUCAUCCACGGAGGCCCUUCAUCCCUGAACCUCUCCCACAUCCACAACCCGCAUACUAACACCAACCCCAUCAACCACACCACCUACCAACUCGGCGAUACAAACUUCUACAGCUUCACCUUCUACCUCCAUGAAGAAUGGCAAUUCCCCCUCCGCAGCGCCUUUUACCUCGCGCAGUUCACCGCAGACUUCUCCGACCAGACAUGCAACGCGUACCGUCCGUCGGGCCUUGUCUACGUGCAAGGCGACCAGCUCCAUGCCCGCGUCCUCGUCGGGACGCCCUGUGCGCCUGCCUUGACCUACUUCGAGGACCUGGGGCCCGUGCAGGUCGGGAAGUGGCAUCGGGUGAGCAUUAUGGUGAAGUGGGCGGCUGAUGAAUCUGGGUUCUAUCAUUUAUGGUUCGAUGGCGUCAAGGUCCUAGAGAAAGAGGGGAUGGAGACGAUGAUUGACGAUCCGAGGGUUUUUGAAUUCGGGCUGUGUGGAGGGUUGCGAUGCUCUUGA